GGGCGGGGCCUCGCGCGGGGCCGGGGCUGCACUUAGGGCCGCGGCUGUCGCCGUCGCCGUCGCUGUCGCUGUCGCCGUCACCAUGAACCCGGACCUCCGCCGCGAGCGGGACGCCGCCAGCUUCAACCCGGAGCUGCUCACCUACGUCCUCGAUGGCGGCAUCAGCAACACCCGGCGGCGCCGGGAGAUCGAGAACCAGAUCCUCAGCGACCCCGGCUUCCAGCAGCCGAACGUGAACUUCCUGAGCCGCGGCGAGCGCUACGACGCGGCCGUGAAGAAGAGCGCCUACAUGGUCCAGAAGCUGCGCGACUUCAGCAUCUCCGACCCCGACGAGAUCCUCUGGUUCAAGAGUUUUGUGCACCGAGGGCAGCCUGAGCCCCUGGAUCUCCACUUGGGCAUGUUCCUGCCCACCUUGCUUCACCAGGCAACCGCGGAGCAGCAGGAGCGCUUCUUCGUGCCCGCCUGGAACUUGGAGAUCAUUGGCACUUAUGCCCAGACCGAGAUGGGCCAUGGAACCCAUCUUCGAGGUUUGGAAACAACAGCCACGUACGACCCUGAGACCCAAGAGUUCAUUAUCAACAGCCCUACAGUGACCUCCAUCAAGUGGUGGCCCGGGGGGCUUGGAAAGACUUCAAAUCAUGCCAUAGUUCUCGCCCAGCUCAUCACCCAGGGGAAGCGCUAUGGGUUACAUGCCUUCAUUGUGCCUAUUCGUGAAAUUGGGACCCAUAAGCCUUUGCCAGGGAUUACCAUUGGAGACAUCGGCCCCAAAUUUGGCUAUGAUGAGAUGGACAAUGGCUACCUGAAGAUGGACAAUUAUCGCAUUCCCCGGGAAAACAUGUUGAUGAAGUACGCCCAGGUGAAGCCCGACGGCACCUACGUGAAGCCCGUGAGCAACAAGCUGACCUACGGGACCAUGGUGUUCAUCAGGUCCUUCCUGGUGAGCGCGGCUGCCCAGGCUCUGUCCAAGGCCUGCACCAUCGCCAUCCGGUACAGUGCUGUGAGGCACCAGUCGGAGAUCACGCCAGGGGAGCCAGAGCCACAGAUUCUGGACUUCCAAACCCAGCAGUACAAACUCUUCCCACUCCUGGCCACCGCCUACGCCUUCCAGUUUGUGGGUGCGUACAUGAAGACGACCUACCUGCGGGUGAACGAAGACAUCAGCCAGGGGGACCUGAGCGAGCUGCCCGAGCUCCACGCCCUCACCGCCGGCCUGAAAGCCUUCGCCACCUGGACGGCCAACGCGGCCAUUGAGGCGUGCCGGAUGGCCUGCGGCGGGCAUGGCUACUCGCACUGCAGCGGCCUCCCCAACCUCUACGUCAACUUCACCCCGUCCUGCACCUUUGAGGGCGAGAACACCGUCAUGAUGCUGCAGACGGCCAGGUACCUGAUGAAGAGCUACGAGCAGGUGCGCGCGGGCAAGCUGGUGGGCGGCAUGGUGUCCUACCUGAACGACCUGCCCAGCCAGCGCAUCCAGCCGCAGCAGGUGGCCGGGAGGCCCACGGCCGUGGACAUCAGCAGCCCCGACAGCCUCGUGGAGGCCUACAGGCUCCGGGCCGCCAGCUUAGUGGAAAUCGCUGCCAAAAACCUUCAAGCUGAAGUGAGUCACAGGAGAAGCAGGGAGGUGGCGUGGAACCUGACUUCCGUCGACCUGGUUCGAGCCACUGAGGCACACUGCCACUUCGUGGUGGUUAAGCUCUUCGCAGAGAAGCUUCCCCAGAUCCAGGAGAAGCCCAUCCAGGCGGUCCUCAGGAACCUGUGUCUCCUCUACUCGCUCUACGGAAUCAGCCAGCAGGCCGGGGACUUCCUCCAGGGAGGCAUCCUGACGGGCUCGCAGAUCACCCAGGUGCGCCAGCGUAUCAAGGAGCUGCUGACCGUGAUCCGUCCCGAUGCCGUCGCUUUGGUGGAUGCAUUUGAUUAUAGGGAUGAGACUCUGGGCUCUGUGCUUGGCCGCUAUGAUGGCAACGUGUACGAAAACAUGUUCGAGUGGGCCAAGAACUCCCCGUUGAACAAAACCGAGGUGCACGAAUCCUUCCACAAGUACCUGAAGCCGAUGCAGUCCAAGCUCUGAAGCGCCUUCCCGCCCCUCCCCGCCCCUGCUGGCAGGUCUGCGUCUGCAAUCUCGAUCCAAUUUGGAGAGCGCUUGAGCCAAUGAGAAGUGGACCCCUUUCCUAUUUUAAACAAAUGAAGAAAAAAAAUGAACAAUUUGCAGAGAUUAAAUGAAAAAACAGGUGUGUUUUAAGUGCAAUUAACCUGAAAGAGACGGCCCAGUAAGCGUUCAGGAAGUGUCCGACCGCGGGCUGGCCGGAACUCUGAUCAUGAGCAGGAUUUAACUACUAAGUUGUUAAUUAUUUUUCCAUCUCGAUUGCUAAUCACUGAGUCCCCACGUUUUUCAGCAAAGGCACUUUUUUGGUGGGGGGGACCUACGCUUUCUUGCUGUGUGCCCCUCGGCACGGCGGCCUGGCUGCAAAGCGGGGCUGAAGAGAAGGGCCCGAGGCCAAGAACCUCGUCCAGAAGCUCGGCGUGAGCGGGUGCUGGGCACGGUUCCUGCUGCUCUGUGCUCGUCUUCCCAGUCUUGGUAUUGGGCCCUGCAAGGCUUCUCUGCAGGGCCAUUGGCUUCCAUUCCAGAGUCUCUCCGGUGACACAGAAACUCCCUUGUCCCCCACUUCUUAGGGGCCAAUUAGGCAGCCAGUUCAUGUCUACAUCGGACUUCUGGCAAAGGCUAGGCCUCCAGUCAGUGGCUAUUUGGUCUCCCUCCCGCCGUCCCUCGAAAGGAGGUGCCGACGGACAGAGCAGCCACGGCUGCUUUGCUGGGGAAGAAUGUAAGGGCUUCUGUGGCCACUCUGAUCUUGGUCACUGUCUUAACUGUCUGGAAUUUGUUAACUUUCUGGAAUAAUCUAGCUUUUAAACAGUCCAUUCUCUUUCAUAAACCACUAAGGAGCUUGGUGGUUCUUUGAUUUAAAAUUAAAGCUCUGUCUGGGCCACCUCUUACAAGCCAGGAGUGGCACAGAAUGUUUCUCCAGAAAACACAGUCAUUCAAACCAGAGCUAAAGCAGAAAGUUCUGUAGAAUCUAUUUCUUAAUGCAGAUUUGAUUUUGUUUUCAGUAUGUUUCUAAGAGCUUUAUCUGAAUUGCAAAUUGUCCUUUCAGUCGAAAUCUAAUUUGCACAAUCAUGGUAUACUUAAGUUUCACUUGUACCUCUUAAUGAAGUUUUUUCUUAAAAUCAAUGUUAUACAACACAUGAGUUGAUUUUUUUUUUUAACCUGUUUACUAUUACUGUGACAUGCCUCAUAAAACCAGUUCUAGAAUCAAUCUUGAGAAUGUUGUACAGAUCAGUGAAAGUAGAAUUCUUAUCUUGAGACCUGACAUAAAAUCUAUCCCAGGGGAACUUAUAAGACUUUUGGGUCUGACAGAGUACUGACAACAGAAGAAAGAAAGAAAAGAAAUACUGACAAGCCUUAACCUUUUAACUGAUUAAUGAUGGUGUUGAGUUGACGUACGAAGUACUGUGUUAAUCCUUCUGGAAUAUAUAUCUUGACAGUAAUUUAGUACCUGAGAAAUAGCUAUGAAGUGUUUCAUAGUAACCUGUUUAGUAGAAACUUAUCUUAAAAUGAUCAGAGACUUUACUCCUAGACGAGUGUCUGCCCGUGUUGGAGCUCAAGACCCGCCUGACUCGGUUGCGUAGAUGCGGCCUUCACCUUGGCGGUUUCCAACAGGUGGAGGCAGGACGAGCACCUUAAAUCUAGCGCCUGCAGUUUUAUUUAGAAACUAAAACCUGACAUUUGCUACUAUUUUUUAUUAACAUGGAAAGCAUUUUGUCUUGAGCUUAAUUCAGUGUGAUCAAGAAUAAAACCUCACUAAUUUCCACAGUUAAAAUGAGGAGUGCCACAUGGUCACACCUGCUGCUUAAGGACUGUGGGCGCAGGUGUCUUAGCCUUCCCCAGCGGCAGGAGGGGAGUCUGGCAGCCUCUGAGGUGGUCGCAGGCACUGGGCACGGCCUGUGGGAAUGUGUCUCUGGCUCCUGAGAUGGCAGCAGUAUUCGUGUCCGGUCCCUGAGAAGGCAGACCUCACUUUUGAGGGGAACCAUCCUCACUAAAAUAUAAAUUUCAAAAUGAUGCUAAAUACUGAGUAGACAUGGAGUUUCUUUUACUAGAUGAGCUGGAGAAACCUCUUUUUACAAACCAGCAAGUAGUGUCUAAAACUGAAAAUAAUGUGAGAUACUCUUGCUACUUGUGAUGGAUGAAGGUUGGUUUUUCUUCCUCAAGUGUCUGGGGGUCUGUCGGUGCGUCCUGGAUCUAUGCCAAGUGUAUUUGGGUAUUUGGACGUCGGUGACCUGAGGGCACAGACGGGCCGGUAGUGUUCCUGUCUUCAGAGCACCUCACAGCCAAGUACCCGUUUCCCUUCAGAACAGUGGCUCCACUGCAGCGUUGCCUGAGAACUCACUGCUCGUGUUUGCAGAUGUGUGUGCCUGAGGCAGUCUCUAAUUCCUGGAGUUUCUUUCUUAUUUUUAUCUUUUUGGAGGUGGGGGACACACUGGAUGAUGCUCGGGGCUUCCUCCUGGCUCUGCACUCAGGGAUCGAACUCGGGUCAGCUGCAUGCAAGGCAAGGGCUCCUCCUGGAGUUAAUCACUAUCUUAGCUGGGAUUUUCUGAAGUUAGGGCUCUGGGGAAUUCUUAGCUUGGUAUUACUCCAAGUACUUGUUUUUGUUCCUUGGUCCAUCCUCUUAGGAAGAGAGUGAGGUCUCUGAACCCUGCUAAUCUUCGCAGGGAACUGCUAAGGUGUAGCUCAGGGUUUGAACAUUGUCCUGAAAUACUGUCGAGAUCACCGCAGCUUGGGAUUUUACUACUCCGGUCUUGGAGUAUCAGACUGGGUCCCACCAUGACGAAGAAAAUGGCUUUGUUUUAAAAUCCUGGCUAUCAGGUUCCACUUCUGAACUGCUGGCCUUGACUGGAAUUGUUCAGACCCAACCCUUUGGUACCUGAUAGAAA